AUGGUUGAUACGCAGAAGAAGAAAGUGGUUGUUAUUGGAGCGGGAGUUGGCGGUGUCGCAACAGCAGCCCGACUGGCCAAGGCUGGGUUACAAGUAUCAGUCUAUGAGAAAAAUGAUUUUCACGGAGGAAAGUGCAGCAACAUUGUUCACAAUGGCUACCGCUUUGAUCGUGGAGCCUCAAUCAUGCUGAUGACCGAAGUAUUCGAAGAAACCUUUCACCAUCUGGGCACAUGUAUGUCCUCAGAAGGCAUUGAUCUUCUCAAGUGUGAACCGAACUGCAAUGUCUGGUUCCAAGAUGGUGACUGUUUUGCGACUUCCACGGAUAUCGCUCACAUGAAGCGUCAAAUCGAGAAGGUCGAGGGUUCAAAGGGAUUUGAUCGCUUCAUUGCAUUUCUCCAAGAGUCCCAAAGCCAUUACGAGAAAAGUGUGAUUCAUGUAUUGAAGAAAGACUUUCCUAGCUUUCUAUCACUUCUCAGACCGGCAUUUCUGCCUUAUUUGUUUAGACUACAUCCUUUUCACAGCGUCUGGCAGAGAGCGGCCAACUUUUUCCGAUCCCAUAAACUUCGCCAAGUUUUCACCCUCGGGAGUAUGUAUCUUGGAAUGUCUCCUUUUGAGACGCCGGGUACUUACACUCUCCUUCAAUACGCCGAGCUGGCUGGUGGAAUUUGGUACCCCCGUGGUGGUUUUCAUCGAGUUGUUGACUCAUUGGUCGAGAUCGGCACCAGGCUUGGUGUCAAGUACCAUCUGUCACAGCCGGUGAAGGAAGUGGCCAUAUCCCCUGACGGGAAGGCUUUCGGCGUCUUGUUAGAUGCAGACAGAUUCGUCGAAGCUGAUGCUGUUGUCAUCAAUGCUGAUUUACUUUACGCCCACAGAGCGCUUCUCCCAUCGAAUCUACCAGGACAGGCUGGUUUGGACAGGGGCAAAGACAUUUCCUGCAGCAGCAUAUCCUUUUACUGGUCACUUUCGAAGAAGGUUCCACAGUUAGAGACUCACAACAUCUUCGUGGAAGAUUCCUUUGGGCAGCUAUCCCCCCAAAUUUACAUGAAGCGGCAAAGUUUGCUGAAACCCUCAUUUUAUGUCCAUGUUCCCUCCAGAAUAGACCCGUCAGCAGCACCGGCAGGAAAGGAUGCGGUCAUUGUCCUCGUUCUAGUCGAGAAUCUUGGCGGUUCAGAUCCGAUGAACAGCCCAUCGGAGAAAAAUGGGAUAACCAAAUUGGUUGCUGCUGCACGCAAGCAUGUGAUAUUCUCCAUUGAGAAGCGAACUGGCUCUGUCGGGUUCAAAAAGCUCAUCGAACAUGAGAUUACCAACACGCCAUUGACCUGGCAAGAGACUUUCAACUCGGAGAGAGGUGGGAUAUUUGGCCUCGACCACAGCUUCUUUAAUAUACUCUCUUUUCGACCAAAGAUAAGACCCGAUAACUUCGACGGUAUAUACUUUGUUGGUGCGAGUACGCACCCUGGAGCUGGGGUUCCCACCUGUCUGGCAGGCGCAAGUCUAACCGCACAGCGAGUUUUGAGUGAUUUGGAGGUUCCCAUCCCUUGGGAGAGUCGCAACCCGAAAAUCAAUCAAGUUGGCUCGCAAUAUUCUACAAAUAAUUUAUUUGUCCAGUCUUUGGGGAAGCGGCUUUUCUUUACUAUUGUUCUCUACAUGGCCAUCGGGAUAGCUUUAGGAACGCUGUGGGCAAUAUGA